AUGGCCGCCUCCGUCGCCGCCGCCGCCGUAACCGCCUUCCUCCUCCUCCGAGCGGCCGCCGCAGCAGCGCCGCCGCCUCCGCCUCCGUCUCCUCCCGCGCCGGACGGCUGCGCCGGCCAGAUCGUGCUGCUGUCCCCGUGCCUCCCCUACGUCUCGUCGCCGCCGAACGACCUGGCGUCGACCGCGCCUCCUCCCUGCUGCGCCGCCCUGUCCUUCGCCCGCGACUCCGGCUUCGUCGGCUGCCUCUGUUACCUCGUGCGGGAGCCCGCCAUGCUCGGGUUCCCGCUCAACGGCACCAGGCUACGCUCUCUGCCUUCCGAUUGCUCUCUCGCCGCCGCCGACGUCGGCGACUCCACGGCGAGGAACGCGACGGUCGAGCUGGAUUCUCUCUGUUCAUCAGGUUCGCCACCGUUGCCUCCUCUGCGCGGCGCAAAGGGCUCGGACAUUGAGACAUUGCCCGAGAACAGUCCCUUGAGCGCUCCUUCACCGUCGCCUUCUCCGGAUGGAACCGGCAUUUCAUCGUCAGCUGCUGCUGAUAUCGCACCCACAGUACCAGCCUCGCCGCUAACACCGGCCAUGAGUUCAUCGUCAAAACUGCAGAUCAAUCAGCUGACGCUCCUCACGUGCUUGCCGCCAACGUGGGUUUUUCGUCGCGCUACAAUUCUUAAGCGCACCUCAUUGAUUUAGGUCUUUUAGACUACGUGCCCCGCCAAGAUUUCUCCUUCAUUUUUCGUUGGGUAUGAGACUAGACACGGAUUUACCACGCAGCAGAAGUAGCAAAUUUCAGUAUAUGAACCGAGUCAAGAGCAGUAAAACCUGACAGAAAUCAAAAGCCAAUUGCUGCAUUUCUUUCA